CACAACUGCCGCACAAAUUCUCUACUACUAGUACAUGUACAAUGUGGCAAGACAUUGACAACUCAUACAGCUCUUCUUCAACGCAGAACGCGUAUUACCCUCAGCAAAAUCAGGCUACUCCUCUUCAGUUUUACUCUCCUGGCGCAGCCGAUCCCGCCUUUUAUCCUGGCUCGCGACCGAGUCUGGACGGGAAUAUGGCCCCCGUAGCCCAAGGCAAUAUAGCACAAGGUGGACCUACCUACGGAGGUAAUAUUCAACCUGCAGGAGGAUGGUGGACAGCGUUUGGUACAGGUGGAUUUGAGGGGGAACCUCCGCUGCUAGAAGAACUCGGAAUCAACUUUUCGCAUAUACGCGCCAAAACAUUAACUGUCCUGAAUCCUUUCAGUCAGGUUGACGAACGUAUCAUGGACGACGCUGAUUUGGCCGGACCCAUUAUCUUCGUAUUCUGCUUCGGAAUAUUUCUUCUGUUUUCUGGAAAACAAAAUUUCGGGUAUAUCUACGGCGUUGGUCUCUUAGGUUCCAUCUCAAUCUAUACCCUCCUCAAUCUUAUGGCUGAAAAGGCUAUUGAUGCCUACCGUGUUACAUCUGUGCUGGGAUAUUGCUUACUACCAAUGGUCGGUGUGGGUGGAAUCAGUGUAGCUAUGACUUUGGACGGUUUAUUUGGCUACGUUCUGUCAUUGGUGUCAAUCAUAUGGUGCACCUACUCGGCGUCUGGGAUAUUUGUAGCCGUACUGAGAAUGUCAGAUCAGCGGCUUCUUGUUGCUUACCCUGUUGGACUACUGUAUGGAUGUUUCGCUCUAAUGAGUGUUUUCAGUGGUAAAUAGUUUUCCACCUAUGUACCUGUACAUUGAAUGCGCAUUAUAAUUAGAUUGAGCUG